UAGUGUAAUUUACCCUCUAUAUAUGCACAGCCACUCAUUCUCCAAACAAACAAAAGUCUCCUGUUCUGUUCAGUUCUCUGAGUUUAGUGUUCCGUUGUGUUUUCUUCUUUGAUGCUCUGCACAAAACAGAGCUCAGUUGCUAGUUAUUCUAUAGAAAAAUGAGAUACAUUAAAACUGGCAGUUUCAAAAGACUCUUCUCAAUCAAGCGUCGGAGCUUCGAUCAAGAGCUUCCAAAAGAAAGUGAUUCCCGUGAAGAAAACAACAAUGGAAUCCCAGAGAGUUUUCCAGGAACCGAGUCUUCUCAGAGACCCACUUGGAAAUGCUUUACUUACCAAGAAAUCUUUGAUGCCACCGACGGUUUUAGCUCAGAAAAUUUGGUGGGAAAAGGAGGCUAUGCACAGGUUUACAAAGGAAUUCUGGAAGAUGGUCAGGCAAUUGCUGUGAAAAGGCUAACAGAAGCACCCACAGAUGAGAGGAAAGAAAAGGAGUUCUUGACAGAAAUUGGAACCUUAGGUCAUGUUUGUCACCCAAAUGUAUCAUCACUUCUUGGUUGUUGCAUUGACAAUGGGCUUUAUCUCAUCAUCCAAUUCUCUUCCAAAGGCUCUGUUGCUUCUAUUCUCCAUGAUGAGGAUUUGCUAGCAUUGGAUUGGAAAACAAGGUAUAAAAUUGCAAUAGGAACAGCUAAAGGCCUCCAUUAUUUGCACAAAGGGUGUCCAAGAAGAAUAAUUCACCGGGACAUCAAGGCUUCGAAUAUAUUGUUGACUGCAGAUUAUGAACCACAGAUUUCUGAUUUUGGUCUAGCAAAGUGGCUUCCAUCACAGUGGACUCACCAUUCAAUCAUCCCAAUUGAAGGGACAUUUGGGCACUUGGCGCCGGAAUAUUUUAUGCAUGGCGUUGUGGAUGAGAAGACAGAUGUGUUUGCUUUCGGUGUCUUUUUGCUUGAGAUCAUCUCUGGCAAGAAACCGGUUGAUGGGUCUCACCAAAACAUACAUAGCUGGGCUAAACCUAUAUUGGAAAAUGGGGAGAUUGAAAAGUUGGUAGAUCCAAGACUUGGAGGGGGCUAUGAUAAUACACAGCUUAAUAGAUUGGCCUUUGCUUCAUCUCUUUGCAUUCGGGCAUCUUCCACGUGGCGCCCUACCAUGAAAGAGGUAUUAGAGGUGAUGUUUGAAGGGGAAAUGGAUAGAGAAAAGUGGAAAAUGCCAAAGGAGGAAGAAGAGGAAGAAGAGUUUUGGGGGUUUGAAGAUCUUGAAUGUGAAUGUGACAGUUCAUUCUCAACCUCAACCAGAAGUUCUUAAUUAGGAAGAUCAAAUCUUAAUGUAAAUAUAAAGAAAAAUGAUGGCCGUGUUUGGUUAUGUUCUGAAAUCAUGAUUUAGCAGUAUCACUCACGUAUGAUGUUUGAUAGGUGUUUUGUAAUCACCUUUCGAAAACUCUGCAGAGCGCUCUGUCUCGGCCGCUAUUUUCAGGAUUUUUUUUUUUUGAAAAUUUUGCCUGACGGCUCGUCCGGCUGGUUGACCGGAAUAGUGAUU